UUCCUCAUAGAGUCCGUAAAAGCCCACUAGUACAAUUGACUCCGCUUUCUGUCUCUCUUUCUCCCUCCCUCCCUUCCCUAAUUUCUGCACUUCUCUUACAAAUUAAAUGCACUAUACAUUCAUCUUCCGCUUAUCAGAAUUUGAAUUCUCUCUUUCUCCACUACUGCUACUACAUAGUGUUUCUCUGCUUCAGCCUUUUCUCAAGUAACCGUUACUCCAUGGGCUGCUCCACCUCCAGAAUUGACCAUCUCCCGGUGGUGUCCCUGUGUCACGACCGCUGCAAGUUCCUCGACGAAGCGCUCUACCAAAGCUAUGCCCUUGCUGAUGCUCAUCUCGCCUACAUGCACUCCCUCAAGUCUCUUGGCCCUUCUCUCCGCCGUUUCUUUGAUCAAAACCUUGAUAAUAGUCUCUCCGAUUGUAACUCCAACGGUGAUUCCGCUGCUGCUAAACAUAAUCCCUUGAAAUCUUCUCCUUCACCUCAUCACUGUCCCUCCAGUUCAAACUCUGAGUCGCACCUCGAUUUUUCUUCUGAUUCAGAGGAUGACGAAUUUAAGGACGGAGAUGUUGAUCCUCUUCAUCGAAUCCACACCAAUUAUUUUGAAAGGCAAACCUCGACUCCAUCAAAAUCAGAUUUAUAUGCUUAUCAUGAACCUAAUAAGUACGACUAUUUCGCAAAUAACGGUGGCCUUUUUCGUUCUCGUGCGUCUCCUUACGGUGCAUCCUCUCCAGACGGUGGUUCUGCAUGGAAAACCCCUUCGCCUCCUCCUCCGAGUGGCUCCACUUGGGAGUUUUUAAAUUUCUUUGAUACAUAUGAAAGAUAUGAAUUACCAGUUAAGGACAAGGAAGGAAUUCAUGAGCUCAAAGACGAAUUAGAGAAUAAAAUUCAUGGAGAUUCCGUAAAUUUGGCGGGAGAGAAGAAACAGAGUAAGGUAAAAUUAACAGUGGAAAAUGGCGAUGCGAAGCAGCCUGAGGUUGAUGUGGUACAGAUGAACGUUAUUUCAGAGAAAGAGAAACAAGCUUCUGCCGAGUCUAAGAAUCAAAGUACCCCUGAUAUUAUGAGUGAACUGGAGAAUCUCUUUGAGAAAGCUGCGGAGUCAGGAAAUCCAGUACUAAAGAUCCUUGAUACAGGAAAAGUCCGCUACUAUCAUAAGAAUUCCAUCUAUCAAGGAGUUUCUUCCAAGAUGUUGCAUGUGGUUAACCCCUUGGUGAUCCCUUCUAAAAAUACCGAGCCCACAUCUACAGAGAAGAUUGGUUCUGUCCGUGUGGGUUCUGAUGAAGAUUUGGCUGUGAUUUCAGUGAAUUUGUCUUCCACUCUUAAGAAGCUAUGCAUGUGGGAGAAGAAACUAUAUGAUGAAGUCAAGGCUGAGGAAAAAUUACGUAUUAUGCUUGCAAGGACCUAUAGACAGAUAAAAAAUAUUGGGGAGAAAGAUGCAGAGGCCAAUAAAGUUGAUUCUGCUCGAAAUUUAAUCAGAGCAUUAUCUACUAAAAUAAAAGUUGCAAUUCAGGUUAUUGACAGAACAUCGAUUGCUAUCAAUAAGCUAAGGGAUGAAGAACUGUGGCCACUGAUCAGUGAACUGAUACAAAAGUUGCUUGAAAUGUGGAAAGCCAUGCUAGAAUGCCACAGACGUCAAAACCAAGCAGUUGUGGAAGCCAGAGGUCUAGAUGCCAUAGUAUCCAACGGGAAGUUCAGUGAAAUUCAUUUGGAAGCGGCAAUACAACUCAAGAUUGAACUUCAGAACUGUAAUCUGAGCUUUUCCAAUUGGAUCACUGCCCAAAAAAGCUAUAUCAAAGCCUUGAAUGGUUGGCUUUUAAAAUUUCUUCCACGUGAACCUCAAGAAAUGCCUGAUGAAACGGAACCAUUAUCUCCUGGUAAGGCUGGGGUUCCCCUUCCUCCUGUGUUCGCUUUCUUUAACCAGUGGUCACAUGCCAUUGGUAUAAUCUCAGAGAUGGAAGUGAUCAACACCAUGUACGGACUUUUCAUGAGCAUAAAUCAAUUAGUAGAAAGGCAUUAUAUAUACUUGCAGCAAAGACUGAUAGCAGACAAGGAUUUAGAGAGAAGAAUAAAGAUUUUGGAAAGAGAGGAGAAAAGGAUGCAAAAGUUAAUGCAAGCUCGAGUGAAGAAGACGUUUCUAGCCAGUAAGGACGUGAAUGGCACCCCUUUUCCUGGAGGGGCUGUGCAUCAGAGUGAAGUGACCCACAAUAGUAGUCUUCAAUCGAACCUGAAACAAUUAUUCAUGGCCAUAGAGAAAUUCUCCUCUAACAGCGUGCAAGCAUACGAGGAACUUCAUGUGCUUGUCGAAGAAGGCAGGAACCCAGAAGGUCCUUAAAAUUGGUGCAUUUUGGGUACUCAUUUAAGGUUUAUUUACCAUGGAUUUUCCUGGAAGGAACUAUUGCUGGUACUUGAUCGUGGAAAUCAUGAGCUGUUAGUAGCGAAGGCUACUGGGAGAAGAAAUGAAUUUGAAGUCAACUAAAGUGCACUGCCACUGUGGUAUGCUUCAUUUUCCUUUGGCAUUUAGACUGUUUGCAGUUUUUUUAAUCAGCUGCUGCUUAAUUUGUCAGGUAAUUAAGGAUAUAUUUCUCAAUGGAAUUUUCAGCUUUCCCAUUA